CCGAAAAUCGUCGACGUCACUUCGAAGAUCGCGGAAACAAAAUUGGUGUGCGGAUUCCAUCGAUUUAUCGCCGUUUUUUAAGUGUUAAGGCACACAAUGGCGACACUGAAAGACCGCCAGAUAGCCGCCAUCAGGCAGAUGCUGAACCUGAAUCAACCGCUGACGAAGGCAAUAUCGGCGGAACCGGUGUGGAAGCUUCUGAUCUACGAUCGCACGGGACAAGACAUUAUAUCGCCCCUUGUUUCGAUUCGCGAACUACGCGAGAUGGGCGUCACCCUGCACAUACAGCUGCACUCCGACCGCGAUUCCAUUCCCGAUGUGCCGGCCAUUUAUUUUUGUGCGGCCACCGAAGAAAACCUGGGACGGAUUGCGCAAGACUUUCAGAGCGGUCUCUACGAUGUGUACCACCUGAACUUCAUCUCGCCCAUAUCGCGCCAGAAACUGGAGGACCUGGCGGCCGCCGCACUGCAGGCCGGCUGUGUGGCCAACAUUCAGAAGGUGUACGAUCAGUACCUGAACUUUAUCACGCUCGAGGACGAUAUGUUCGUGUUGAAGCACCAAAACAGUGACGCGCUCUCGUACUACGCCAUAAACCGGGCCAACACACAGGACUUCGAAAUGGAGGGCAUUAUGGACAGCAUAGUGGACAGUUUGUUUGCGGUGUUCGUCACGCUCGGUACCGUGCCGAUCAUACGCUGUCCGAAGAACUGUGCCGCCGAGAUGGUAGCACGAAAGUUGGAGAAAAAGCUGCGCGAAAACCUAUGGGACGCACGCAACAACCUCUUCCACAUGGACGCGACCCAGACGGGUGCGUUCAGCUUCCAGCGGCCACUUCUGGUGCUGCUCGACCGAAACGUGGACAUGGCGACGCCGCUUCACCACACCUGGACCUAUCAGGCGCUCGGUCACGAUGUGCUGGAGCUCGCUCUGAACCGGGUCGUGGUCGAGGAAGAUCCGGCCACCGAACAGCAGCAGAUCGGGACGGGAGCGAAACCAAAGACGAAGGCGUGCGAUCUGGACUCACGCGACCGGUUCUGGUGCACGCACAAGGGCAGCCCGUUUCCGACGGUGGCCGAAGCGAUACAGGAGGAACUGGAGCAGUACCGCUCGCAGGAGGACGAAAUCAAGAAGCUCAAGACGACGAUGGGCAUCGACGGGGAGACGGACGUGGCGUUCUCGAUGGUGAACGAUAAUACCGCCAAACUGACCAGCGCCGUCAACUCGCUGCCACAGCUGAUGGAGAAGAAGCGACUGAUCGACAUGCACACGAAGAUCGCAACGUCGAUCCUGAACUACAUCAAGGCCCGUCGGUUGGACUCGUUCUUCGAGCUGGAGGAGAAGAUCAUGUCGAAGCAAGCGCUCGAUCGCGCCCUCGUGGAAGUGCUGAAGGAUCCCGAGUUCGGUCUGCCGGAGGACAAAAUGCGACUAUUUAUUAUCUACUACAUCUGCAGCAAUGUGACCGACGCGGAGUUUAAGCGCCUCGAAGAGGCACUGCGCGAGUGCGGCUGCGAUCUAACGCCGCUGCCAUACCUGCAGCGGUGGAAGAGCAUCGCGAAGAUUACACUGUCCAGCUCCAACCAAUACGAAGGAAGUGGCACCAAAACGGUGUCCAUGUUCUCGAAGCUCGUCUCCCAGGGAUCGUCCUUCGUGAUGGAGGGUGUCAAGAAUUUGGUCGUCAAACGUCACAACCUUCCGGUCACCAAGAUCACCGAGCAGCUGAUGGAGUGCCGUACCGGGGGCGGUUCCGAGGUGGACGAUUACCUGUACCUCGACCCGAAGCUACUGAAAGGGAGCGACGUGGUGCCGAAGAACCGGGCCCCAUUCCAGGAUGCGAUCGUGUUCGUGGUGGGCGGUGGCAACUACAUCGAGUACCAGAAUCUGGUGGAUUUCAUCAAAACGAAGCAGAGCGCCAACAGCAUUCGCCGCAUCAUUUACGGCGCGUCGACGCUAACGAACGCCAAGCAAUUCCUGAAACAACUGUCGCUACUGGGCGAGGAAAUCGGGAGUCACUAACGCGUCGGGGUCGUCAGGGUGUUGGUUUAUGGCCCCCCCCGGGGGCACCUAGCAUUCGUUAUUCGUAUACAUUUAUAGACCACUAUUCUGCUUUUAAUUUAAUGUACAG